CUUUCUCCCUACGUUUGAGCCCCAAAUACCAAAUCACUGACUCCUACGACUCUUUCCUAGUUCAUCUUCCAAAUGUUCGACUUGCGAUCGGAGAUGCAAUGGUUGCUUUCCAGAAGGAGGACCCGGGCUUUGCUGAUGCGGGCAACGGGAUUGUGUAUGGAAAUAUUCACAGCAGGGGAUCGAUGGACAUGGACAUAUAUGGAGAUGCAGUCCUGAAGGUUAUGUACGCGGUAAGUUAUCGCAUUCGAUGGGCGCAAUGACUACCCUGUGCUGACUCGUACCUGCACUCCUGCGCGCGAAUUCAACUUUGGAGGAAGCCGGUUUUCUGGUCAAGUCUAGUGAACAUGAUGAUUCGCUACCAGUGCACUGUGUUUCGCCAGAUUGUAACAGACUGACAACAUUAUUGGGUCGCUAGUGUAGUGUCGUGAAGUGGAUGUUUAGAAUGCGCGCUCAUGGAAGAACAAAAGCAA